ACGGCCAAUGGAUAAUGACAUUCGCUUUUAUCUCCUUAACCCACAGCUUCCGUCUAAUCUCUCUCUCUCCCAAUCUCUCUCCCCACAUCUCUCUCUAUAUAUACACCCACCUUCCUAUCCAAUCUCUAUAUUCAUUUCAACCUCUCCUCAAAACUCGCUUAUCCAAUCCACAACUAAUAUACACACAUACAAAAUUAUAGACACAAUUUAUCUUCGAUUUAAGAAAAAAUGGCAGCUGUUGGGGGAUUAUUAGGCGGCAGUGGCUCGUGCUCAUCGAGAUCGAAUUCGUUUCAGAGAGAUUUAGCGAGAAAAAAGAAGAAUAAUCGAUUCAAGGUUAAUUCCAUGUAUAGCCCCGUUUCUUCUGAUCCUUACAAAACUCUCAACGUUCAUCCCGGUGCCUCCGAAUCCGAAGUCAAAAAAGCCUUCCGACGCCUCGCACUGCAGUAUCAUCCGGAUGUGUGUAGGGGGAACAACUGUGGGGUCCAGUUUCAUCAAAUAAACGAAGCGUACGAGGCUUUGAUGAAUAGGUUACGAGAAGAAGAGGAGGCCGCGGAGAAUAACGAGAGGAGAAUGUACGGUGGCGAUGAGGACGAUGAGCAGAUGAGAGGAAUGUACGAUCCAGAUUGGGACAUGUGGGAGGAGUGGAUGGGCUGGGAAGGCGCUGGGAUUCGUGAUUAUUCGUCGCAUAUUAAUCCUUACAUUUGAUUUUCAUCAAUUGUCGUAAUUAUCAUGGUUUGUUUUAAUUUAAGGUGGGGUUUGAGUUGAGUUUAUUGGAACCGACCGCCCAGUUGAAGUUGACGUCAGAUCAAUCGCGGUUUAUGAAGAUUGAUUUGAUGAGUUUAGGGCGUUGUGUUUGUUUCCGGUGUAUGUACAUUCUAAUAAGUUGAAUCCAAAUGUUGUUAUACGCUUGGCUCA